UGAAAAGUCAAAUGAAAAGUUUUGGAAAAGUUCGAAUCGCCCGCCAAUUAAUCCGUUUCCCUUGUAAAUGACAUACAAAUUCACAAAAUAGAGAUUCAAAUUUCAAAAUGUGGCGAAGGAAAAUAUCCAAGCGACAAAACGCAAGAGGUGACAAACUGAGCAAAAGCAAAAUCCAAUCGUCAGAGUGAGAAUCGGUAUCAUGCGCCGAAAAAUUGGUUCGUAUCGAUCUUUAUGUGGAAUAUUGUAUCGCCUCGUGGUCUCGAGAGUACUUACGUGAGCAAAGGAAAACGAAAAAUAUUCUCAUGUUUCAUCAUCAAACAUGAGAUUAUUGUAUUAUCGUGUGAAAAGAUAGUACCAUAGCCAUUGAGAAGCUCGAAUGUAUAGGUGAGAUCUUCACCUGUUGUUCGCAAUAAUCGUCGUGCGCAAAGAACACGUAGAAUUACAGGAAAAGCGCAUGUCGCAGUUCUGCCUUUCCAUCUUCUAGCAAGUGGAUGUAAGCACUUUAGAACAAAAAGCUGAAUAAGCGACGACCAAGGAAAAAAGUCAAAAUGUGGGUGGAUCAGCUAGCUUUACAAAACCCUGGUCCAAGAGCCGCGUCAGCAACACGUCUUGGAGAAACGUCCUCCUCGAGCAGCACCAGCUUUCUGUGGGGCGCCGACCAUAGCAAUGCAAGUGCUACUGCAACCCUAACUGCCUCCUCGUCCUCCUUGCCGGGUUUGUCAUCUCCAAACGUUCUGACCACUUCCUCUUCGACGUCGCACUACGACGAUGGCGGGCCACAUCACAGCAGUCUGGGGACACCUUCUACCGUAGUUUCCGGAGGAGCAGCUGCAGCUCAACAUCUGGGGAAGAACAAUCAUCUUCCGUCCUCGCAUCAAGCCACGUCAUUUCUGUUCGGCGGCGACCACGACAUUCACGAGCGCGUCGGCAGCUCGUUUCAUGACAUCGGAAGUGCUAGUAAUCCGUCUGCAUCCAGUUCCUCCUCUUCCUCGAGUGCCUGGAAUCAUAUUUUCAACGGAAGUACUAGAUAUUCAGAUACACUUUCCGCGAUGAAACACGAUGCUCAUCACACGACAGCGAGUAGUAGUCCUCGCGGUGGUGGAAUACUUCUAGUCGCCCCGAACGACCACAAGUCCUCGACAUCGUUCUUGCACAAUGGAAUAAAUCAAGGAUCUACAACUCGUCCCGAACUGUCUAGCGGGGGCUCGACGUUUUCUAUAACGCAGGAAAACAUGCUGCCAAACUACAACUUUGACCACAUCAGUCGGCAGAACCCGCACGGACAUCUUCAUUUGCAUGACUCCAGCCGUGGACCGAUGGCAGCAGGAGGAGACGGAGGUGCUUCAAUAAUUCCAUCGGUCGUCGCACACGGAGGAGGUGCUAGCAACCUGAAGACUUCGUUCAUGCUUUUUAGCAGCGGCGCGGCGGGGAACUUGAUAUCGGGGGCAGCGCAAUCGGGAACGCUGACAACCGGCACGAUCGAUCCCUUCAACCUGCACGAUCUGUUUCACGUCGCGAAGACCGGCUUCUUGCUCUUCGGCGGCCUGUGCUCGAAAAUGUAUAAAGCUCAAGCUGUUUGUUGCAUGUCAUGUCGUGGUCAUUCUUGUGUGAUGUGAAUGUGAUAAAUCAAGCGAAAAAUAACAAAACGAUACGCUCUGAACCAAAAACGAAAAUAACACAGGUUCGGGAUGGGCUUGAUUGGCUUUCUAGCGUUUCAGUCCAUGACGGCGCCAAAGUCGGAACUAUAUCGAGUUGAAAACACCUGCAUCAAAACAACUGGCCAUAACUUGGUACAGUCGCAGAUUGCUGAAAUUCGAUCGUGGCGUCAAGCAUUACAAUUUUAAUUAUCGUACGUAGUCGACACUAUCCUAUGGGACUCCUCUUUGUGAUUGCCGUUCCCGGGACCUGCAAAUCUAUCAUGGAGAUAGGCCCGAGGACUUGAUGAUGCUUCCAGUUUGCUUCAUCUCAUGUACAAAUACAGAACUUGGCAUCUACUGCCUACUGAGUAUGCGUAAGUAUGUGCGGUGUGACAUUCAUCUCCUCGUUGUAUCGAUGCAGAAAGAUGUUUUCAACCCGAUGCGCUACCGAGAAGCUACAUCUCGCAGUACCAGCAACCCAUGUUUUAUGGAGAGAAAAAAGUUUGUCACAGUCACUAACUUGCAGGUUUUGCAUUACAAAUUUUCUCAGCAUCACAAACUUUCCUUGUAUUGCAGAAACACUAGGGGAAUCCCUAAUGAAGUUUGGUUGUGAUGCAUUUUUGCGCAUGACAAACAAUUUUGUAUUGCAAGAAUGCGCAUGAGUGAUCGUGACGAACUUUUUUUCUUUGAUAUGUUUUACCCGUAUGGAUCCAGUGGCGAAGAGGAUGACGAUGAGGAUUUCGAGCUGGAUAUCCUGAGUAAAAAUGUACCCACACCAGAGUUGUAAUGCAGAUUUGCAAAGACAGGAAGACUUGUAAUGCGCAUCCCCAUGAGAGCCAUUUUCAGUCGUGUUUUGGAAUUUGUGAUGCUGUGAACAGGAUGAGCAGAUGAAUCUGUGACGCGGCUGCACUUGCUAACCUGCACUACACUGCAGAGUGCAACUUGUCAUGCGUGACUCACAAAACUCGUAGGUUUGUGUUGCAAAAUCCCCAUCCUGACUCUGGUGUGGGUACGUUUUUACUCAGGAUACUGGAUUACCUUUCGCCCGUCAAGCCGCAGGCAGGCGUAGGCAAGAAAAGCCCGGCCCCAACAGCAGCGACGAAAAAACAAGAAUGACGGAACAGUGGACGAGGUAAAACUGUUGUGCCGAAGGCCGAUCUUCGAAAAGAAAGUAGAUGUAGAUGAAAAUAGCAUGAUCCUGUAGUUACUCAGGUCGUGGAGAAGAAGAAUUGCCUCCUUGGCAGCUGCUCCGUCACUUAUUCAGUAACGAUGACCGCGCCGGUGCUCUCACUGUGUGUUCUGCGCACGGUUACUACACAUGAUAUCAAGCUGAGCUUUUUUUUGUCAAGAUGCAAAGGAUAUGGAAUAGAACGAGAAACUCUUGGUUGUAAUAUUUACUUUUGCCCGAACAUACCAGUUACAGUUUUGACUUCGACAGAGCUUCAUUAUCAGAUACAGAGGUGCUUGGAACUAUUCAGAACUAGCGUAGGCAUGUUGAGGACGAUGGCAAACUAGGGCACCGCUUCCGUCUAGUACUGUAAUACUUCCACCGCAAAGAGAGCUGAACUUCCUCAUCAAAUUUAUACUUUUCACUUAUCGUUAUUCCUAUAAAAACCUAUCUAUGGUGGCUUACUCGCAGGAAGUAGCGAUACUGCCAUCGUGGUAUUGAGCCGCGUGUAAAUAGUUUCAGACAAUUUUGCCUUCUUCCUGAGCAAUUAGUUGACCUCAUGGCAGCUCAUGACGUUGAGAACUGUUUAUCCACUCGUAGGCAGCUGAUCGUUGUGUCAAAGAUGAUGCGAGUUCUGUUGAUAUUUCGUGUGAGCUCCUUUUCCGAAAUUUAUACGGGUGCAGAUUCAUCAAGCGCCUUUCGAAGAAAAUACAACCAGAUUCACAACUAAGUACGCAGGCAGAUUAUUUGAUCGCAGGCAAAGGUGGAAAUAUUCAAAAGUUUUCUGGCUCCAGAUUCAGCAAUUGACUGAGUGGAUCCUCUCAUCGACGUAUCUAUCUCCAUCCGUUCUUGUGACAAGCGC